CGCUAGUCAACAGGAAGCGCGUGAUCGUUCCCAUGAUGCCUCGGCACAGGUCUCAGCUGAGCCGCGGACACAUUCCGGCGGACUCGUGCUGGCGGUGUUAGCGCUCUGCUCGGCGUCUCGACACCACCGGAGGCGAUGAAAUCCUCCUCGAGCACGUGUGUCAGAUAGGAGUAAGAAGACCUUGAGAGGAGACAUGCUCGCUACACAGCUAACUGACUCUGUUCCCGAGGCUGAAAACGCCAAACAGUGGAUUAAGGAGAAAAUAGCGCAAACACUGAAGACAUUGCAGAGGCGCUAUGUGACCACAGACUCACUGGUGACCAGCGAGGAAUCUGAGGCCAACCAGCUCUGCUGUGCUCUGGAAGCCGUCUUCAUCCACGGCCUCCGGAGUAAAUUCAUCCGCACAGAAGGAGCAGGAGCACGUAACCGCAAAGCAGGCCCGCUUCCUCAGCCCGUCUUCUGGAACCUACUUAAAGCCAUCACUCACAGAGAUGUGAUUAUGGAGCUAGAAGGCCUGAGCUUCAUCAACUCUGACGUAGGCAGGUGCAGGGCAUGGGUACGUUUGGCGCUGAACGAUGGUCUUUUGGAAUGCUACCUUACUUCACUUCUCCGUGAGAGCACCCAACUCGGGAUCCACUACCAGCCUGGAGCCCUGCUCCUCGACCCUGAGGAGCGGGAGGUGCUGCUCAGCCUUCUGCAGGGCCUGGCUUCACUUGCUUUCCAGCUCUCGUACAAAUCGGCAGUACUCAACGAGUGGACCACGACCCCCCUGGCACUUGCUGGUCUGUGUCCUCCACUGCCUACUGAAGACUGGCCUCCGUCUUCACGCCGAGAAUCCUGUGAUACAGCAUCCCUGUCCUCUGGAUCCGGGGGCUCGGGGCGAGGUCAGGAGGGCAGGACUUCCUCAGACCUCAGCCUGGACAAUGUGUCCUGCCAUCUCUCUUCCAGCUUCGGCUCAGAACGAGGAAGCUGCUGCGGCAAAACUGAGAACAAUAGUGCUCUUGAUGAUUCUAGAAUUAGUAGCCCCUCCAUCCAGGAUAUAAUAAAAAACCCUGAUGUGCCCAGCCCUGCUACAGACAGCAUGACGGAAUCCUUCACCCACAGCAGUAGCGACGAAGACUCCUCUAACAAACAGGAUAUACAGGAAAACCUUGGCCCCUUCACAGAGUCAUCAGUUCCCAACGAGCUCUCUGUUGUUUUAAAAGAAGAGCCCUUAGGACAGGAAUCAGAAGAGGAACAAGCAGAGCCUGUCAACAUUCUUGUAGAUACAAGACAAAUCACAGUAAAAGAUCCUGAGCAGGACCAAGACUCUCCUGACACUUCCUAUGACACUAACAGCUCUAUAAUAACCUGUCAGUUGACCUCCAACUCACUGAAUUCCAACCCUCCUGCCGUGUCGAUUUCUAUUGACGUGGCGCUGCAAAAAAACUCAAAUAAUGGAUCUUUACACCAAACAUCUAAUGGUUUGAGCAGCAAAACAUCCACAGGCUCUGUCUAUUCCCACCAUAAAUCCAGUUCCUGGAUCUCCGAGGAGGAUAUUUAUAAGCCAGAUAAUUAUGCAAAUCCUGAAGAGCCUGAUGAUGUAGAAUCCACCCAAAUGAACGGGGCAGUAUCUCCUGUUGCUGAACCUGAAGCUCACCUGUCUCCACCAAGCGUGGUUCGCCGUAGACAGAUUGGCUUAUCCAACCCAUUUCGAGGCCUUCUAAAGCUGGGCCAGCUGGAGCGGCGCGGUCCCAUGGGUCUGUGGCGUACAUGCUACUGCGAGUUGUCGCCGUUUGAGCUGCGCCUGUACUCUGACGACGAAGAACGAAAUAUCUGCGAAAAUCGCUCACUUCUGCGCUGCGAGGACGUGCACCUGGGCUCAGAGGGCCGCUUCCAUCUGGAAUUCUCCGGGAAGAGGCUCCAGCUGCGGGCGUCCUGCACGGCGGAGGCUGAGGACUGGGUGGAUCGCAUUUUCGAGGCUGUGAGCAACGUGCGGCACCAACCGCAGGACGAUUGGGAUGACCUCUCGCCCGCCGUCAUGCCCGUCUCAGGACCCCCUGAGCCAGCUAACCUGCCCGAGACGGACUGGAGCAGGCCGUGUGAGCCGGAACCAGAUGCCAUAAAGGAGGCUGUGGUGCUCUUAAGCUGGGAGGCCCAAGGAUGGCGUUUGAUGGUGCUUUCUCUCUCACUGGAGGCUCUUCAAGGUUUUUCAGUGCAAAAUGACUGCAAGACGCGUCUUUUUACAUAUGCAAUCGAUGCCGUGAGAGAUGUGGUGCCUGCUGUGGCACUCGGUGGCCCCGCCUUUUUUAAGAUUUUGACAGCGAAAGAGACACUAACAGCAAAGGCGGAGAAUGGCGAGGAGGCACGUAUCUGGAGGAGCCUCAUCCGUAAGACGCUGGAUUCCUACCUGGACGAGGAGAAUGAGACUGGAGGUGAAAUGUCAUCCCUUAAUGGAGGCAACGUCCACAGACUUGUUCAUCACAGGCUAAAAGGGGAUGCUGUUCUACUGCCGUAUCUGACAGUGGUCCCUAAAGAAAAAGGGCUAAAUUCACAGAACUUUAAAUGUGCAGGCUGUUUUAGGCAGAUUGGUGUAUCCUUGGGACGAGCUAGGCUGUGCGAGUUCUCGGCUCAAUACUACUGUGAUACCUGUCACCAAGGUGACACCACCAUCAUUCCCUCUCGCAUGGUGCACAACUGGGAUCUCGCGGCACGUGAGGUCUCCAGGCAGGCCAUGAAGCUGCUGGCUGAAAUUGAGCAGGAGCCCUUGCUAAAUCUCGAUCUUUUAAACCCCAACCUGUUUGAUCACAGUGAAACCAUGGCGACCGUGCAAGGCUUCAGACAGAGACUCCGCCUCCUCGGAGAUUACCUGCUCAUCUGUCGGAGCGGAAUCCGGAAAAAAGUCGAGGCCAGGUUGCAGCAGAGAACAUACCUAUUGGAAUCAAGUCAUAUGUAUAGCGUGCUGGACUUCAGGCAGAUAGCGGAUGGCCAGUAUGAGUCUUUCCUGCAGAGUCUCAUCCAGUUCUCUUGCAACCACGUGCAUCAUUGUGACCUUUGCACUCAGCGAGGCUUCAUCUGCCAGAUCUGCAAUACAGACGAAAUCAUUUUCCCUUUCCAGUUCGACACCACCUCCAGGUGUAAGGUGUGCAAAGCUGUUUUCCACUCCACCUGUAAAGACCAGAAUGAUCCUUGUCCUCGUUGUGAACGUCUACAGAGAUAUAAAGAGCGAGAACUUCUUGAAUAAUGCAUGGGUUUCUUCCCAAGCACCUCCUCCAGCUCUUGUGUAAUUGCCUCAAUGGCAGUCUGUUACUCCUGACAGACUAGCUGUGACAAGAGCUCAACCUGUUCAUGGAGCUUAAUGAUGAUAUAUUUAUUUACACUUCCUUAAGUGCACUUAUUUGUACAUAUGUAUGUACAGAUGGACCAUACAUGUGUUUUGCCAAGCAAACCGUAUGAGAGUUUGAGGACCAGACUCUGAAUUUGCACUAACAGAAAAAAAAAUUAAUGGCUCUACCUUUAUGAUCUUCAUAGCCAUUAAAUAUGUCAGUAUGACAUGACAUGUACUGGAUAUAUACAUUUAUUUUCUAUUAUUUAGACACAUUCGUGAGGAUUAUAGAAAUCUUGUAAAAUGGCACUUUUUAUUUUUUGCGCUUAUGCUUCUAUUUUAUGUUUGUUUUUUUUUUGUUUUUUAUUACUUUCACGAAACAGAGGUCACAGUGUUUUGCCUAUGAGUAUAUAAGCCCUGUUAUUUUAUGGCUACACAAAGCAUAGUUUUAUAGUAUGUGAAUAAGGGUUUAUUCUGAUACAACAGCAAAGGAGGAGCUUUCUACUCUUAUUUCGAUUAAUUUAUUCAAAGAACGUUUUUAAAUCUCAUCUUUGUGUUUAUAAUUUACUGCGAAAUGCUGAUUGUAUGACAUUUUAAUUCUUCUUCUUCUAAUUUUUUACUCCUUCUGCCAAAAAACAUUCUACGAAUUUUAUGAAUGUUAACACUUUAUACAGCCACGUAAUCAUUCUUUUUAAGGAUUGUGAUUUAAUCGUCAUCGCCAAGUAAUUAAAAUUAUGCACUUCAAUCAGGAUGUAAUGAUUAAACGGUCAUGUAGAAUUAGCCGAACCUGAAUCUUGAUUGGAUCUAAUAUACUUGUGCAGUGCACUACAGAGGGUGUAAAGACCAUUAGUUCCAUGUAGCACACUGAAAUCAUGUAUAAAAUGAAACUAUUCAAGGUUUAGUCUUUGUUUGUUAGUUUCCUUCAUGAUUUAGUUGUCAAAUGAAUUACGUUUUAUAAGUGCUGUUUAUAAGUGCAUCUCACUAGUGUGGGCAAACUAAGUUGGAUCAAUUCUGAUGUGUUUGGGAAAAAUGUGGCCCACACAAAUGUCUUAACUUUACAGGACAGUCUAACACUCUGUCUAAGUUUUUAUUUAAUUAUUUUACAUAAAUAAAAAAAUAUUUAUAAACAGAACUAUGCCAGGAAAACGACGGGUGCUGCCCCCUUCUGGUUUGGGCUACAGUAUCCGAGGCAGUGCAUUAUGCGUGGCCUGUAGCAAAAUUGAAUAUACCUUUCACAUACACAUUCUUUUUGGUUUAUGUAGUUCUUAUACAAAUUCUGUAUUCUCAAUUCUUCGACUGGUGCUUUUUUUUUUUUUUUUUUUUUUUUAAACUAUUGCCUUAUUUCAUCAUUAAACAAUGUAUAUAAUAAAAGAGUAUUUCUUUUUUUAUUGUGGAUAAAAGGCUUUGUUUGUUAGCACUGCAUGACAUUAUCUGUAUACAUGGUACAUUGCAAAGCCAAAAACAUCAGGAGCAGCCAUUCUAAACUUGUGUACAAAUUGUGGAAUUAAAAUGCAAUAUUUGUGAGAUUUGUGCGGA